UCGGGGAGGUCCCCCACGUCCAAGACUAGCAAGAGAAAGGCCGGGGAGUACAGCUGCCGCUGGGCAGAGAAAUUCAGAGUGACUUGACCUUCCCAGCAUGACGCCUGUGACCUUCCCGCAGUAGCCCUCGGGCGGGGUCGGGGGCUCGGUUAAUUGUUCAGGUUUUUCUCUAAGGGUGGUACCUCGGUAUGAACUUUAAAGUCGAAGAUGAGAGACUUUGUUAUUUGGAAGCCUGCCUUACUUUGACGUGUCUUAAGAACUCAGGGUUGACUGAUGAAAGCUUGAAGAUGUCCCAGCGGCACUCAGCCAGCCAUGGAGCAGGAGGCAAAGUGGACUUCCCUGCUGUCACCACCAAGUCUCCCUGCCGCAGAGACUGUUGUUGCACGCCCUCCUUUAAACACAGGGGCCAACAUGAGCUGUCAGAAUCUUGCAGCUUUAAGAAAGACAAAGACCCAGCGCUAACCUAUGAGCAUCUUCAAACUCCAAGUCUGGGUUCAGGCGACCCAGCAGCAACUCCCAGUCAAAGAAGGAAAUCUGUGUUCCCAAGGAAGGAAGCCAGUAAAAGCCCUGAACUCUGUGAGACUCCCAGAGUCCGAAGGAAAAAAUGCUCAUUACGCAGACGGCUGGAUUUAUCUUUCACCCUUCUGACGGGGGAGUCUGAUUCACAAAGCAGCUCUCUGGAAAGUAGCAAAAGCCAAGAUCUUAGCCUAGAAAAACACAUCCCUGGUGGCCCUUCAGGGUUCCUCAAGCGAGACAGCUUUAGCCCACUAGUUACCAGCACCAUGAAAAUUGAGGAUGUGACUUCUAGCAGUCACAACUCAAGGCUACAUUUUUCUCAGCACAAGACCUCCACCAUUGAUGAUUCCAAAGACGACUGUGGCUUGUUUGAAGUGGAAUGUCUGUCUCCAAUUGAAGGCGACGGUGUGAAAGACUCCAUCGCACGGGACUUCAGUGACAGCAGCUUAAGUAUAAGCGAGGAGAAUACAUGUCCUGAGCUCCUGGGCUCCUCUGGCAGCCGGACAACCUAUGGAGCAGAUGUGGCCACAUCUGUAACUCCAGUAAGUAGUCUCAUAGCAAAAAUUAAAUUCAGUGGAAGCCAAACACUUGCUUCUUCAGCAGAAGCGAGAGACAGUGUUUCAACACCCGAAGACAGUGGCUUUAGCUCACUUAGCUGGGACAAGUCAGAAUAUGUCCUCUCUGACCAAGAGGGCUCUUUUCAAGAACUGCUUCAGAAAAAUAGGGGGACUCCCAGAGUGGGGGACCCUGUCAAAAAGCCAAAGCAUACUGGGAGGUUGAGAAGACUGUCCACUCUCCGGGAGCAGGGCUCCCAGUCAGAGACAGAAGAUGAGGUACAGAUGGUCCACCCCAACUCUGAAGCAAGAGCUGGCACCCCCGGGAGUCAGCAAGGCUCUGAUGAAAAGGGCAGGGGUUUGACUUUAAGCUUUCAAAAUUUAUCACACACGCCAGCCUUGCAAUUAGUCCAUGAGCUUUUUAUAAAAAGCAAAAGGAGACGGUACCAGCAGGAAGAUGAUGAGGAAUUCUUUGAGGAGAGGGAUGAGGGAGAAAUAGCCAGACUGCAGUGUGUUCUGGCAGGACUAAUUGGCAGGAAGAUGGGCAUAGAGCGCCUGGACAUCCUGACGGAAUUACAGUAUAGAAAUCUGAAGCACGUCCUAGCUAUGGUUCUAGGUUUCCUGACUGAGGAGAGUUUAUACAGUGCUUGGAACGUCAGCAGAAACUGGCGUGAAAUUGUGGCUCAGGAUAAAAAGGCAAACAGGAGGAGGAAACUUUAUAUCAUACAGCUGAAAGCAAAUGCUCAGGGGCCUGUGCUACAUGUUCAGGAUGCUGCCACUCGGCUCCAUCUUCCAAACCGUGCUGCCUUAAGAUCAGUGCAGGCGCAGGCACCCACUGCUCAGAGCGAUCAGGCUCCGCCUCUGUCCCCUUGGGGAGAUGCUUUGACACCUGUGGCAAGCUCUUCCCUUGCCCACCUAAGGAGUAAACAGGCACAGUAUGUGAAGGUUGCCAGGACACUCUUUACUGACGAAGCCUUAAAGCCUUGCCCGAGGUGCCAAUCCCCCGCUAAGUACCAGCCAUACAAGAAAAGGGGACUGUGCAGCCGCCUGGCCUGCGGCUUUGACUUCUGUGUGUUAUGUCUGUGUGCUUAUCAUGGGUCUGAAGAAUGUCGAACAGGGUCAGCAAAGGCGAGGAGGAGUAAAGAUGGUCUCCCAGGGAGCGCCCAGAGCAAGCGGAACCUAAAACGCCUCUGAAGAG